GUGUUGCGUGCCUCGGUGGUGAGGAUCGUCGGAUGAGGAGGGCGUCGUCGGCGCUCCUUUGCACCCUGCUCCUCCUCCUCAGCUCCCUGCUGCUGCAGGCGAGCGCCCAUGGCGGGAUCGACGACGGAGACGGCGGCGAGGUCGACACACCCACGCCGCGCCCCGAUUCCUCCACCCCAAUUAAGCAGGGGCGCCUCAUCGCCGUCAAGGUGUGGUGCCUGGUCAUCCUGUUCGUCUUCACCUUCCUCGCCGGGGUGUCACCCUACUUCUACCGCUGGAGCGAGGCCUUCCUCCUGCUGGGCACGCAGUUCGCCGCCGGCGUCUUCCUGGGCACGGCCCUGAUGCACUUCCUCGCCGAUUCGGCCAGCACCUUCCACGGGCUCACCAGGAACCACUACCCCUUCUCCUACAUGCUCGCCUGCGUCGGCUUCCUGCUCACCAUGCUCGCCGACUGCGUCAUUGCCGGCGUCACCAAGAGAAGCCGCGGCGACCGCGAGAGGGCGGUCAACGACGCCGAGGAGGCGGAGCAGCAGGUGGAAGAUGGUGAUGCCCAGGGCCAAGACAAAGAGCACCAGCACCCGACGAUGCUGCUGGUCCGGACGUCGUCCUUGGAGGACGCCAUCCUGCUCAUCCUCGCGCUCUGCUUCCACUCCAUCUUCGAAGGGAUCGCCAUCGGCGUGUCCGCCACGAGGAGCGAUGCGUGGCGCAACCUGUGGACGAUCGGUCUGCACAAGAUCUUCGCGGCGGUGGCCAUGGGCGUCGCGCUGCUGCGCAUCAUCCCGAAGCGGCCCUUGGUGACGACGGUGGCCUACUCGAUGGCGUUCGCCGUGUCGAGCCCCGUGGGCGUGGGCAUCGGCAUCGGCAUCGACGCCACGGCGGAGGGGCGCGCGGCGGACUGGAGCUACGCCAUCGCCAUGGGCCUGGCGACGGGGGUGUUCGUGUACGUGGCCAUCAACCACCUCAUCGGCAAGGGGUACCGCCCCCAGGAGCCCACCGGGGCGGACCGACCUUUGCUCAAGUUCCUCGCCGUGCUCCUCGGCGCCGGCGUCAUGGCCGUAGUCAUGAUCUGGGACUAGCAUAGCAUGCUUUAUUUGUUUGGUUUGAUCUUUGUUUGCAUUGCUCCAUCAUGAACGCAUCUAUAUAUAUAUAUAGAUAUUAUUUGUGA